UAACGCGGGAUAAUAGGUUAAUCGCAGUCAGGAAAUAAGCCGGUUUGUACAAGUAGGAACAGUAUAGUAGCAUUCAAAUUAACUAAAAAUGUCGAACAACGAUUCAAAGAUGGGGAUUGUGGACGGACAAGACAACACUACUUAUCUAGAAGAACUUCGGCUUGAGUCACGGCAAACAAACCCAAAUUCACAUGCAGGGCGCCUUCUUCAAUCAGAAAUCAGCAGAAUAGAGAAAGGAGAAGCGAAGGAACGAGUUGUGUCAUGGAUUGAGGUGCACCCAAACAACCCCCAGCCCUUGUCCAUCAGAGUGCGCAUUCCAAUGAAAGAACAUCCAAGAUUCAACUUUGUUGGCAAAUUGUUGGGGCCCAAAGGAAGCUCCCUGAAGAGACUACAGGAGGAGACCGGUACCAAGAUGUCGAUCCUGGGGAAGGGAUCAAUGAGAGACAAAGCCAAGGAGGAUGAACUUCGGAAGGAAGGUGGCAAGUACGCUCACCUCAAUGAUGAGUUGCAUGUGUUUGUGGAGGUGUUCUCUGAAAUGACCGACAACUACGCCAGACUGGCACAUGCAGUAGCAGAACUCAAGAAAUUCUUACAGCCAGAAUACAAUGAUGAUAUCCGUCAGCAACAACUUCAAGAUAUGAUGUACAUGUCUAAUGGCGAGAAGGGUAUGGCCCCACCCCGUGGAGGAGGCCGUGGCGGUCCUGGAGGUGCUGGUGGACCUCCUGGUGGGCCCAACUUCAGAGGGGCUCCCCGUGGAGGACGUGGUGGAGCACUCAUGACCCCACCUGCGGGAUCAGGGGAAUCAAACUAUCACAGGGCCCCACGAGGAGGUCGCGGAGCUGGUCACCUUGGCACAUCAGGCUCUGGCGCAAGCUUCUCUGGUUUCAGUAGAGGUGGUCCUUCUAUGAGAGCACCUCGUGGUGGCCCACCGUCUCGGGGGAUGUCACGUGGUGGAGGGCAGACCCAGCGAGGAGGCAUGGGUGCUCCCCGUGGUCGCCCAGUAGCACCCCCACAGCCUGUACAACAGACCUAUGAUGACUACAGCGGAGGCGAUUACUCUGCUCAGGGUGGCUAUGAAGACUAUGGCCACGGACAACAGUAUACUGAGCCUGAGUAUGACUCGAGUUAUGGUGGACAGAGGUAUAGUGGACAUAGUCAGGAGUACUUCAAUGAAGAAGAAGUAGGAGGUGACACCCAAUAUUUUGAUUAUGGGCAUGGAUCAGGGUCUGCUGCAGGUGGUUAUGAAGACUACGGUGAGACUACAGGUGAUAGUUGGGGAACAGGGUCUGGUCCAGUGAAGACUGCGCCACGUGGGGCGGCCAAGGGCCAGUACAGAUCACAUCCCUACAGUCAGCGAGGAGGAUAUUAAGUGCUAGCUUCAUGCCAGUCAGUUGGUGUAGGCGCCCAACGUCUUAUCAUUCAUCGUCGAUCAUCUUGUGUGGACAUUGUGUAUCAAAUUGAGGUACAUGGACAAUUGGACUGUACAAGUUUUAUCGUGCCAGCUUUUAAUCUUACGAGAUACUCAAGUCGUCUUAAUUAGGUUGUAAACCCUUUAAGAUGUGAACAAUUUUUCAUACAGUUUAAGGACUAUGCUUAAUUCUGCAUAAAACUGUUCAUCAAAACAAAUCAUUGGACAUUGUUGAAAGUAGGCGUUUAAGUCAUGUGAACUUGUAACUAGGCUAUAAACGCUACAAUGUUGUAUCGUAAGUCAUUUUCAGUGUGUAAAAUAAAUGUUUUAAAAUCA